AUGACUGUUCCGUUUCCCCAUUUCAUUCGGUCCACCGACAACGAUACUUCCUACUUUCCCGGACCUCGGUUGACGAAGCGUGAAGAGGAUGGCCUGGAUUCAGAUAAUACUCCUGACUUGAUGAGCACGUCGCCUCGGUCAAGUAUUCUCAACGAAAUCACAAAUUCGGGCGCCUAUCGUGUCCGUGCUAUGCACAAAAGAGCUCCUAUACCAGUGUUCCAAGACUCUCCGAAGCGAUUCGCGACAAUAGCAGGAACAAAUUCACCCUCGGUUUAUCACGACGCAUCCAGCGACGUCCAGUCGCCUUCGGUUACUGAUUCAUUAAGAGGCUCCUCUGGCAGCAUGGGUCUCAAAGAAGUUUCUAUAAACGUGCUUCGGCCAUCACCUAACAGAGACUCUCCACACUACCGCUCAGUGCGAGCUGGGUCUCGGCGAAUAUCAUCGCAGAGCAAACCUCGAUUCAAUUCGGAAGAGUACAUUGAGCAUAUCGAGAAUGAACUACAACAGGUCAAGGAUGCAAUGUACUCUCCCACAACUAACGUUCACUGGAAAGAGAAGCUUAGAAAAGCAAAGGACGAGAACGAGAGGCUCAAGAAGGAGAUGGAAAUGCUGAAAUCGUCGUUCGAGCUUGAAAUGCAUCAAACUGUCGAGCGGUCCACAGGAAUCGAGCAGCGAUUGAAGCGAAGGAUUAAGGAUCUGGAGGACGAAGUGGAGCACAAACAAACUGUGAUUUUAGACUUGGAACACGACCGCAAGGAAACGGGGCUCGACCAGAAUACACUGGAAGUGUUGAAGGCAAAGCUAGAAAGGUUGGAAGAAGAAAAGUCCAGCCUGGAGACCACAAACCGGGAUAUGAUGAAGCGCAAUGAGGUCUUGACUCAACUCCUGGCCCUUUCGCCCACAAAGACGCAGCAUAACUUCGAAUAUCCUACUCCACGACGCCGCAGUGCGCGACCCAUGUCUAUGAUCAUUCCGAGAUUGCCCUCCUCGCCCGGAGCACAGACACCACUGAAUCGGCCUCAAUCGGUCCUCAUCUCGCCCGCACUUCCUGCAUCCGACUACUUCCCAACGAGUGUUGCAUCAUCCCCGCUGGCAUCCAGCCCGCGCGGCAUGGUCAACAACUAUCCGACAGCUGCUGACGAUGUCCAGUCAAUUGACUCCGGGAUGGAGGAUUCGUCUUCUCAGCAUACAGAGGGAACACGCUCCAGAAGAUCGACCCUGGCUUCUUGUGCUACGAAUAGUCCUCCAAUGCCCCCCACUGGUCAUCCUCAGCUGGAGGUCAGACCACAGAUGCCUAUGAGACAGCCUUCCAAAAGAAGACCUAGAAAGUUCAUGCCAGGCUCCACCCAGUUAAAACCACUUCUGUUGGCAACUUUUACAGCUGAGAACGGCAAUCUGCCUUCGACCUCGCCUGUCACUUCGCCGAAUCGACCAACCUCCAUUAUUGCUGACUACGGUCUACCCUAUACGCCACAAUGGGAAUCUCCUCCUAUCCCACCAAGAAGGAUGGAGAGUCUCGUUGAGUCGCAAUCCUUAGAACCAUCUCACGACACUAGCGACCAAGCCACCCAUGCUUACCAGAGCCUUGACGAAGUGUUCACAAAGGAUCGAGGUUCGUACUGUCACGAAGCUCUCAACGCGCUAUCAAACGGGCGGUCGGACCACAGCCAUCCCCAGAGUCCCUCGCUGCAGUACUAUACAUCAAACCAACCUUCUCAUAUUGAUGGAGCUACGGAAGUCCUCAAUGACGCAGAACGCCUUCCAUUACUUGGCUCUUGGGGCCUCGGAAUCAAGCCUGCUUCACCGGGAGAUGUCCAUGCCCAGUAUCUGUACGAUGAGAAUGGCAACACACGCGACCUGAACGACGAGCCCAGUGACGUCCGACUUACGCAAUUGGUUCCGGGGCUAGGAACCAACCGGACUACACCACAGCCCGAAAAUAGUCUCGGGACACCAGAGGAAUAUGUGGAUAUUCCAAGGCCACUGUUUUCAAAAGACAUUGCGCUUGAUCGAGGCGCAACUCAGCCAUCCCUGCAUUCUGCAGAUGACCCGUCUCCGCUGAAUCCACGCAAACGUCGUAAAGCAAGCUCGACUUUUGGCAGCUCAGAACAGGAGAAGGAGUUGAGCGUCAGUGAUGUGCUUCCAAGUGAGGCCAUUCCUCGUCCGACGUUGACUCCAAGUUCCAUCAUCAAGCGGAGCGCAGAAGCCGCCUCGCCCCAACCAGCAACUUCGCCUUCCAGGAGGCAAGGUGCCACGAGAAGUCGCAGCCCACUGGAAAUACUCCAACAACGCAAUGUAGGGGCAAGACCGCUUGCUACAUUAACCAUUCAAACGGUCUAUGCGACGUUGUCCAGGUAUACUUCCUACAUACGAAGGUUCAAGCAGGAUCCGCUCGCCCUGGCACGGCGCGUCAUAGCCAACGCAUGGCGAUCGAAUUGGGCACGGCUUGGAAAAUUGAGUUGGUGGGUUCUUGGACUAUUCAUUGGCCAUCGACGUCCUAGUACUGGGCAACGUGCCUGGGAUUGGGAGAUAUACGACGGUGAAAGCAUUGCUGACCGGCACUGUGGGUUCGAGCAUGGUGAAGUCUCACCCGACGAGUGUGCUAUUCCGUCUGCAGGGAAGGCUACGAAGCCAGCGGAUGACCACGUUGGCGAUCCAACCCAAACAGACGCAGUAUCGCCGGAUACGUGGGUGCCACCGGACAAAGAUCCCAAGCCAGGUUGGGGUAAGUCCCUGUUUCUCUGGGGCAAGUUCAGUGUUGCAAUCAUGCUUGCAGUGGGUGGCGCAAUUGUUAAAGGCCCGGCCGAAAUGCUGCGCGACACUGAAGAGCGAAGGCGAUCUCGCAGCAGCAGCCUUGUUGGAAACAACGCCGACGAACAAAUUAGCGCAGUACGACAAGGCGGUGGACUGCACCGCGAAAGCAGACAAGUUCUUUGCUCGGGCGCCAGCCAUUCUCCAGAAAAGAUCAUGGCACUAGGGACAACUCGCAAAGCUCGGAGCUUUAGCUCUCCAACACCACCAGCGCCGCAUUACCAGCUUCAGUCUUUUAUUUCCAGCGAGGACCUAUCUGCCACUGAAUCAAACACAGAAGAUGCGAACGUUGUACCAAUUGAAUGUGCUAUGGAAGCUGACGAUUCCACACCAUCAGUCAACGAGACGCUCAAGCCGACUAGGACCGAACGUGGUGGACUUGAGUUUCUAUUCGAGUUACCGUGCAGCGAAGUCCCAAACCGUGGAUCCGCUGAAGAGUCGCUAGCUAUUGUUGAUGUUUCGAUGGAUUGUGAAAACGGCUAA